AAGUUUCAAUUUGAUCAGUCGACGAUGAAAUCGAAAGCACCACGGAUGGAUAGUUAAAAUUUGACUCGAGCUGAAAAUAUUUAAGAAUUUUUAACUUCGUCUUCUUCGAACUUCCGCGGUCUUUAUUUUUAUUUUAAACGAGAAAAUAUCGAAUUCUUCAACGAUCUUCAGUGCAAAUGUGUGAUUAAUUGUUAAAAUAAUUGUAUCUUAAUGCAUUAAGAUAAAUUCUAAGUGAAGAAAUUGAAAUUUGUUUUCUGUUGAUCGGUUUUGAACUUGUGCAUUAUUCAAGUAGUUGGAACGUGAAUCUUUAGAAUCUCGUAUUUACUUCGGAAACCAUGUGGAGAGUUUGUAUAGGAUUGAUGGUGCUUUGUUGCACCAGCUUGGCUUAUGCCAAUAUGGAAGGAUACGAGGGAUACAAAAAAUACACAAUCCAACAUAACGACGAAGAUGUAUAUCAAUAUAUGGUCGAUUUACAAACCAAUGAUACAAAUCUAGAUUUUUGGCUCCUCACCAGAAAUGUGUCAAUAGUGGCGGUUGCUCCGUUUAUGCAACCGAUAUUGGAAUCACAAUUGGAAUCAUUGGGUGCACCAUACAUAGCUAAAUCAUUGAUGGAUGAGAUGAUUUUGGACGAUGAUACCGAUUGUGAUGGUAGUUUGUGUCCUUUGAAUAGGAAAACAAGACAAGCAGGCGGAUUUUUCAGACAUUAUCCAAGAUAUGAUUCGAUUAUUCAAUAUAUGAACGCCCUCGCUUUGAGACAUCCUCAAUUUGCAAGACUUGAAGUCUUAGGUCGAUCUGUUGAGGGACGCAUUAUUGCAGGUUUAUCGAUAUCCCUAAAUGGACGACGUGAUCGUAAGGUAGCUUACAUUCAAGGAGGAACUCACGGAAGAGAAUGGAUAACAACACCAACUGUUCUAUAUUUUGCUGCCGAAAUUCUUGCCAAUAUCAAUGCUUUCCGUUCGAUUUUACGUGAUACCGAAAUUUAUGUUGUACCUUUGAUGAACCCCGAUGGUUAUGAAUAUUCACACACAGGGGACCGUUUCUGGAGAAAAAACAGACAUCGUUUUUCACUUCGAUCAUGUGUUGGCGUUGAUAUCAAUCGUAACUUUGGACACUAUUGGAACUACAAGGGAUCUAGUCAAAAUCAUUGUUCCGAAGUGUACUCCGGCUUACGACCAAAUUCAGAACCAGAAACCCAAGCGGUCAAACGUUUCUUGGACAGAAAUCGUAAUCGUGUUAAGUUAGUUCUUGAUGUUCAUUCAUUUGGAAAAUUCCUCUUCUAUCCAUAUGGAUUUACAAAGGCCGCUGCACCAACAAGGAAUCUCCUCCAUUCAGUUGCUGUCCGAGCUGCUAGCCAAAUUGCCAAAUACCGUGGAACAGUAUACACCAUUGGUAGUUCUUCGAAUAUUUUGUAUGAAGCAUCUGGUGGAUUGGACGAUUAUGCUUAUGGAGCACUUGGUAUUCCACUCACGUACACUUUGGAAUUACCCGGAAAUGGUUUCGAUUAUCCUGCCUCGGACUUAAUUCAUGUGUGCAAAGAAACAUUUGCUGGAUAUAUUGAAUUUGUCAGGCAUGUUUCGUUGUUUUGAAAACAAAUUUUAGUUUUCUAUGGGUUUUUCUGUUAAGUGAAUGAUGUUGUUUUGUUAUAAAAAAAAGAGUGAAAUAAAUUAUUAUAGGUUCUUAAAAUGAA